CCCCUUCCAUCGCUCAGAACACAAACCCACACCACCACCACCACCACCUCUCCUCACUCCACGCUCUCCCCUCCUCCCUCGCAUCACACACACCCUCGUCCUCGUCUCCUCCUCUUCUUCCUCCCGUCAGCCCCGUUCCUGGCGCUACCAUCUUCUUCCUCGCAUGCGUUGAUUCGAUCAACGUACUUUUCCCCUCUCUAGAUCCUUGGCCCAAAAAUUGAUAGGCCGGCGAACGAGGUGAUCAUCGUUCGCACGACGUCCCGGCCAUGGUGCGCGGCGGCGGUAACCGCGAGGUGGAGCUCUCCGUGGGGGCCGGUGGCGGCGGCGGCGGCGGGGCGGGAGGCCUGGUGGAGCCGCCCGUGCCGAUCAGCCUCGGCAGGCUCGUCCUCGCCGGCAUGGUCGCCGGCGGCGUGCAGUAUGGAUGGGCCCUCCAGCUCUCCCUGCUCACCCCCUACGUCCAGACUCUGGGACUUUCACAUGCCCUGACUUCAUUCAUGUGGCUCUGCGGCCCAAUUGCUGGCUUAGUGGUUCAACCAUGUGUUGGUCUGUACAGUGAUAAGUGCACUGCCAGAUGGGGAAGACGGAGGCCGUUUAUUAUGAUAGGAUGUGUACUCAUCUGCAUUGCUGUUGUGAUUGUUGGCUUCUCGGCUGACAUUGGAGCUGCUCUGGGUGAUAGCAAGGAAGAGUGCAGUCUCUACCAUGGUCCUCGCUGGCACGCUGCAAUUGUGUAUGUGCUUGGAUUCUGGCUUCUUGACUUCUCCAACAAUACUGUGCAAGGUCCAGCUCGUGCUCUGAUGGCUGAUUUGUCGGGCAAGUAUGGACCCAGUGCUGCAAAUUCAAUCUUCUGUUCUUGGAUGGCGCUAGGAAAUAUCCUAGGGUACUCCUCUGGUUCCACCGAUAAGUGGCACAAGUGGUUUCCCUUCCUUCGGACAAAAGCUUGUUGUGAAGCUUGCGCAAAUCUGAAAGGCGCGUUUCUCGUGGCUGUGUUGUUCCUGUGCAUGUGUUUGGUGGUAACUCUGAUCUUCGCCAAGGAGGUACCAUACAAACGAAUUGCACCCCUCCCAACAAAGGCGAAUGGUCAGGUUGAAGUUGAACCUAGUGGCCCGCUUGCGGUGUUCCAAGGCUUCAGGAACUUGCCUUCCGGAAUGCCAUCGGUGCUCCUUGUAACUGGCCUCACCUGGCUGUCCUGGUUCCCGUUCAUCCUCUACGACACCGACUGGAUGGGUCGUGAGAUUUACCACGGUGACCCCAAGGGCACCCCAGCUCAGAUGUCGGCGUUCCAGGACGGUGUCAGGGCUGGCGCGUUCGGACUGCUACUCAACUCGAUCAUCCUGGGAUUCAGCUCGUUCCUGAUCGAGCCGAUGUGCAAGCGGCUGGGCCCGAGGGUGGUGUGGGUGUCCAGCAACUUCCUCGUCUGCAUCGCCAUGGCCGCCACCGCCAUCAUCAGCUGGUGGUCUACCAAGGAAUUCCAUGAGUACGUCCAGCAUGCCAUCACCGCCAGCAAGGACAUCAAGAUCGUAUGCAUGCUCCUCUUCGCAUUCCUCGGAGUGCCUCUCGCAAUUCUGUACAGCGUUCCCUUCGCGGUGACGGCGCAGUUGGCGGCAAGCAAAGGAGGCGGCCAAGGGCUGUGCACUGGCGUGCUGAACAUCUCCAUCGUCAUCCCACAGGUGAUCAUCGCGCUGGGGGCGGGGCCGUGGGACCAGCUGUUCGGGAAGGGCAACAUCCCGGCCUUCGCCGCGGCCUCCGCCUUCGCGCUCAUCGGCGGCAUCGUCGGCAUAUUUCUGCUGCCCAAGAUCUCCAGGCGCUCGUUCAGGGCCGUCAGCACCGGCGGUCACUGACCGCACCGGGCGCCUGCCUGAGCACGAGCGAAAGCUCGAUGGUGCAGGCCGGGCGGUUCCAGCUCGCAUGUGCCAAUUUUUACAUAGGCUUAAAAAUAGGUGGCUCUCGCUUCAAGACUCCGUAGAGCAGAAUAAGAAUGUGAGGAACCGUAUGUUUGUGUAUGUGUACUAGUGUGUGUAACAGAACGGUGAGAGGGGAAUGUGGUCAUCCAUUACCGGCUAGGUGGUCUGUGAAGGCUAUGUGGCCGUCGGAUUUGGAUCGGAGCGCCCUUAAUGGGGCCAGUGUAAUCCUUGUGUUGUGACUUGUGUGUAGCAAACCAAGGUUAACCGAGUAAAGGGAAAAAGAAUGGAUGGUGCAUUUACACUCACUCA